AUGGAAGGUGGCUGGCAACGGUUAUAUUCCUUGCUCCUCUUGGGGCUGUUUGCAGGUCACUUUUGUGCACAGGAUCCAGCGUCAACUGCAAAGCGCUUAAAUAUCUCAGAGCUAGAGGAAGGAACGGCAGCAAUGACCACUAAAGACAGCCCCAGUCCAGUUUCGGACGUUAAAACAAUGAACCAAGAACGUCCUCAUGAACCAGUGCAAGUGUACCCUGUGCCUUCCUCUCUCUUCACCUUGGAAGGGCAUUCCGCGUUCUUGACAUGCAGAUUCAAUGGCCCAGAAAACGUUAGCGUCACUUGGAGGAAAUCCUGCUAUCCCAACUGCAGCCGGGGCUUUAAUGUUUCCAGCACCAACCCAACCAUCACUGUUGGAAAUGACGUUUCAAACCUCACCUUUGAGCAAGCCAAGACGGGAGAUUCCGGCAUGUACUACUGCAUCGUGACGUCUUCCCAGGACUCCGACCAGUCAUGUGGCACAUACCUCUGGGUCCGGAGACCUCACCCCACUUCCUUUCUGAAUAUAAGGGAAUCCGUCAAAAACAAGAUCAUCACAGCUGAGGGUUUCCUCCUACUCAUCUGUGCCAUCGGACCGGGUCUUUUUCUCCUGUUGAGGAAGAGGUGGGAAAAUGAGAGCCUGAUUCAGGCCAAGAAGAAAUACGAAGAGGAGAACCUGUAUGAGGGAUUGAAUCUGGACGAAUGCUCCAUGUAUGAGGAUAUCUCACGGGGGCUGCAAGCUACCUACCAGGACAUAGGCAAUGUCAAAGUGAUUGAUCUGCAGUUGGAAAAGCCAGAAAAACCAUGAUACCUUUGCCUUGUGUUGUUUUCAGAAAACUGCUAAAAAGUAUUUUUGAUUCCCAAAUCUUCUAAGUGUCCUACAAAGCCAUGGGGAAAAUAUGCAUUCCUCUCUCUUGGAUGCUGACAAUUUGUGUAACCAUUUCAGCGUUACAAGGAAACUGAGGAAAAUGGACUAAUGAUGUUUUUCCAGAAAAAUAUCCUAGUAAGAACUAUGUUGUUCGAAAUGUCCUCACUCUUUUGAUUCCCCAUGUGCUGCUUCCUGAUUCUGAAAUGGAUUCCAAGCCAUAAGUAAUGCUGUUUGUUUCAAUGAGAUUCAGAGGAUGCAUUUGCCAAGCAUACAUUGACUUGUCUGUGCUUCUGUCUUCCCUUCCUGAGGUAGAGACUACAGACAUAAUAUUUGCAGAGCAAGGGUAGAUUUGAAAGUCCCCCUACUACAUGCACCAUCCUUUUCAUUCUGGGAUCAUGUUAAUAAUGGCCCUACAAAAUUGCUGCAAAACCAAACUAUGUUCAGUACCUAUUGGGGGUAGUCCCAGAUCUCAAUUCCCCCAAUUCAGAUUUUAUAACCUUUUAAAGCUUUUCAUCACUGAAAACAAAUGCUGAACAGUUAAUGGCUAAAGCAGCACUUUGGUUUAAAAAGGUGGGUAUCUCAUGUAAAACAUGCAGAGGGGAGGAAAAGGAUGGUAAACAGCUUGGUAGGCUGUCUUGCAAAUCUAGUAGAAUUCCAUAAUGCCUCUAAUUCAACAUCUCUUUUGUCUUCAACACCUCUGAGGUAUUUUCAUACUGUCCCAUUAUUUAAUGGGAGAGUUAUUAUUUCAGUUCUUCUGAGUAGGGUUCACUAAAGGGCUCCCCUGACAUUCUUCAAGGCUAAAGCAAGGACAGAACAAAUUGGGGACAUUUGAGGCAUGUGGACCUGACUUGUAGCUAAGGAUGUAUGUGGUUCCAUGGACCAAUGAGUUUUGGUUUCCAAGGGAACCAACAAAUAAAUGACUAGGCUUUUCCAAGGGCCUGAUCAUUUCCAGGAAGUAGUGUUCUGGUAGCUUUGUCUCCUUAUUGUGGCAUGCAAGGCUCUGGAUGUGUAUUGUAAU